AUGGGUGAGAUCACCACUGUUUCGGCGCAGCCGCAAGCUGCAGAGAUGAUCAAGGUCCAGGAUGAAGAUGAGUUGCGAUUGGCUCAAAUGGGCCAUAAGCAAGAAUUGAAGCGGCAUUUCUCUGUUUGGAGCCUGGUUGGGCUGGCUGCAAAUUGCACAAUCUCUUGGACUGGUCUUGGACUAGGACUAAUCACUGCCAUUAAUGCCGGUGGGCCUGGCGCAUUGAUCUAUGGCUUUAUCCUGGUUUUCGUUUUGCAAUGCUUUGUCGGUGCUUCGUUGGCAGAGUUCGUGUCUGCAUACCCAGUUGAAGGUGGUAUGUACCAUUGGAUCGCGGCAAUUGCUCCAAAACGAUACAACAGUCUUUUGAGCUUUGCAACGGGGUGGUGCACUGUAUUUGGAUGGAUCUUCACGACGGCAUCAACAAAUUUGAUUUACGCCACAACUGCCAUGGCUUUGAUUGCCCUUUACCACGACGACCUAGUUGUCAAACCAUGGAUGACGUUUGUGGCAUAUCAGAUCCUCAACAUUGUCACGUCGGGAAUUGUCAUGUUUGGAAACAGGUUCAUUCCAAUGAUAAACAAAUUUUCUUUGAUAUACUUGCAACUGGCGUGGUUCAUCACAAUGGUAGUUGUCGCAGCCUCGGCGCCAGUCCACAACGACAGCAAAUUUGUGUUUCGCACGUGGAUCAACAACACUGGGUGGGAGAACAACGUCAUCUGCUUUAUCACCGGCUUGGUCAAUCCGCUUUACUCACUUGGAGGUCUGGAUGGGAUCUCGCACAUCACAGAAGAAAUGCGCAAUCCAGGGAGAAAUGCGCCGUUGGGUUUAGCCAUCACUCUUUCCAUCGCCUUUGUCACUGGGCUGUCGUACCUUCUUAGCCUCAUGUUCUCCGUUCAAAACUAUGGAUCGUUAGCCGAUACUAGUACCGGUCUUCCGCUGGCCGAGCUGUUUUGGCAAGCAACGUCAACCCGUGGAGGCGCAUUUGGCCUUGUCUUCAUGGUUUGGGUUGCCCUGGGUCCCUGUGUGAUUGGAUCCCAGCUGAGUGAGUACCCCCAUGAAAUGAAGGUAGCUUUGCUAACACCGACAGGCACUGGGCGGGUAUUCUGGGCCUUUGCGCGCGAUGAAGGUCUUCCUUUGUCAAAGGUAUGGGCUCGGGUCAAUCAUCGACUUGGAUCACCGUUCAAUGCCCAACUCUGUGUGGCGGUCAUUGUAGGCCUUCUAGGCUGUAUAUAUCUGGGAUCGAGCACGGCUUUCAACGCAAUGAUGAGCUCGGCAGUAACGAUCAACAAUUGUGCGUACCUUGUACCAAUUCUCACCAACGUUUUGCUCCGACGGCGGACAAUGCACCAAGGUCCAUUCUUUAUGGGUCAUGUCGUUGGAAUGACUGUGAACGCGGUGUCUGUGGCUUGGCUGAUUUUUGCCAUUGUGUUUUUCUCAUUUCCAUAUGAGAUGCCAGCGACAGCGUCCAACAUGAAUUAUACAUGUGUCGUCGUUGGGGGAUUCCUGAUAAUUGAACUGGCCUGGUGGCUAAUCGCAGGGAAAAGAUAUUCGGUGACGGUUCAACGAGCUCGCGAAGAGGGAAGCGACGAUUCAGUCGCCGUUGCCAAACCCCAUCCGACCUCGUGA